AUGGACAACCGGAAAUCGGGCGUAUCGCCGGCGGAGGCAGUCUUACUGGGCGCUCUCGCACCUGGAGUUAACGUUAGUAUCGCCUUUUGCUUCCUCUCUCAGCUUCUUUACUUGGCAGUAAAACUACAUAAUUGUUUCAGUCUAGCUUUCUCUUCGAGCGACUCGGCUUUGGUGCUUCACGUUGGGUUCCUCGUUCUAAUCGCGGCUACGCUGUUCUUUCUUCUCAGCUGGUAA